AAAACCACUAUAAGUCACAAAGUUUUAAAUUCCCGCAAGAGAAACCGACGACGAAAAAAGACCGAAAAACCAAUAAAGAACAAACUUGAGAAGGAGAGUGCAUACUAAGGACCGACUAGUAUAUAAAACUAGGCAUAAAUGAAUUUAGGAGCUAAAACCCCGACUUUUAAUCCCUAAAUCACUUGUGGUAAACACAUUUAAGACGGUUAAUGUAAGAGAUCAAACGGUUGACUAAAACACGAAAAAUCCAUUUAUAACUUAUAAAAAUCCCACACAAAUAAUUCCUAAAACACUAUUAUUGCAGCAAAAAUCUAAAGGAAGAAACAAUUCCUUAAAUAUAUAUAUAUAUUUUUUAACCUUAGAAAAAAUAUGAGCCGCAGAAAAAAUGGAGGCGUGUUUGUUGGCCUAAUUGUACUAAUCCAAGCCCCGGCCACCGGCCACUUUCUAGAAAUGCCGUUUGUCUCCUUUCCCAACUCGAACCCAUGCGGUUGUUGAAUUGAAUUCCUCAAUCAAGAAACUUGAUCCUUGAUUUUCUUGGGUACUGUUAUAUACUCUUCCUCUCCUCCUCUGUAAUCUUGAUCUUGUUAUGAAGAAGGAAUCUUGAAAAAGUGAGGAUUUAUUUCUUGUAAAGAUGCUGUCGAAGUUUCCAGUUAGAAUGCCCCAAAUAAAGCCGCCGCCGCCGCCUAGAUUUUCUGCAGUACGACACCGUUUUCAGCAGAAGCAGCUCUUUUUUAAGGUUGUUUGCUGCGAAAAGAAUCUUCCUUCCUCGGAUUCUCCAAAUUCUUCUUCUUCCUCGGAUUCUCCCCCGAGCAGCAAGUUUGGUUUUAAGGUUGUCGUGCAGUCUCUUGGUGACAAGAAUUGGAAAUUCAACGAUCUUGAUACACAUGCAAUGCAAGAAUCGGUAAACAAGAUGCUGUCGAAGACGCAGAGCUUCUUCACCGAACUAACUUCACCGCUCGUGAAAUCGGUCAAUGAAAGAAGACCGAACGUUCAAAACGACAGUGAAGAUAUGGAGGAUAUGUUGAUUACCGAACAAACAGUCAAUAUUCGAACUCCUCAAGGAGACCUUUCCGAUGCUUCCAUUAUUUCCAUCGAGCAAUUUAGCCGGAUGAACGGGUUGACGGGACUGAAAAUGCAGAAAAUAUUCAAAGCGCUCGUUUCCGAGUCCGUUUAUAACGAUCCGCGUAAUUUGGUGGAGUAUUGCUGCUUCCGGUUUUUAUCGAGGAAUGGCGUUGAAGUUCAUCCUGGCCUCAAGGAACCGGCAUUUCAGAGACUGAUUUUCAUAACUAUGCUUGCAUGGGAGAAUCCAUGCAAAGAAGGAAACGGUAACCGCUCUAAGCUGCCCGAGAGAAAUACUAUCCAGAGGAAGCUCGUGGGAGAAAAGGCAUUUGUCCGUAUCGCCCCUGCCGUUUCUGGUGUGGCGGAUUGGGCCACUGCGCAUAAUCUUUUCAAAGCUCUCGCCGGCGAUGAUAAGGGAAUCUCGUUUAGCAUAUGGUCAACUUAUAUUAACGAACUUAUCAAGGUGCAUGAAGGUCGAAAGUCGUAUCAAUCUCAAGAAGUUCCCGAAAUUUCCAAGGAAAAAAUCCUCUGUCUCGGUUCGAGCAGAAAGCAGCCUGUAAUAAAAUGGGAAAAAAACAUUGCAUGGCCAGGGAAGCUUACCUUGACCGACAAGGCACUAUAUUUUGAGACAGUUGGCCUGAGGGGAGAUCGAGAGUCGAUAAGGCUCGAUCUUACUCAUAAAGACACGAAAAUAGAGAAAACGAGAGUGGGACCCCUCGGGUCGAAUCUUUUCGACUCUGCUAUAUCCGUCACAUCUGGUUCGGAGUCUAAGUCGUUGGUGCUCGAAUUCAUCGACUUGGGAGGCGAAAUGAGACGAGAUGUAUGGUACGCAUUCAUAAACGAAGUUAUAUCUCUAUACAAAUUCACGAACGAAUACGGACCGAAAGAAGGGGAUAAAUCAAUUUACGAAAUAUACGGAGCUCAAAAGGGGAGCGAUCGAGCGGCGACUCACGCAUUAAACGCUAUCGCGAGGCUUCAAGCCCUCCAAUUCAUGAGGAGGACUUUAGACGAGCCUACGAAACUCGUCCCGUUUUCGUAUUUAACGAACGCUCCGUUCGGUGACGUUGUGCUUCAAACGCUCGCGGUCAACUUUUGGGGUGGGCCCAUUACCAAGAAAUGGACCGAAGUUGACUAUGAAAUGGGGCCGCGCGUGGGGCCCGUUGGAGAGGGUCUUGAAUAUAGCAACCAUGUUUAUGAUGUGGAUGGGAGUGCGUACUUGAGGAAAUGGAUGAAGUCGAGCUCGUGGGGUUCGAAUGCCUCGUUAGUUUUUUGGAAGAAUAGUGGUUCGGCGAAAAGUGGCGUUGUGCUUAGCAAAAACCUCGUUGUGGCGGGAGUGAAUUUAGUGGAAAGGGCGGCGAAUAUAUGUAGGGAUAAGUAUAGGGUGGCCGAGAAAACGCAAGCCACGAUCGAUGAUGCGAUGAUUGAAGGGAUUCCGAGUAAUAUUGAUCUUUUUAAGGAACUCGUACUACCGUUAACUCUCACCGCUAAAAAUUUCGAUAAACUUAGGCAAUGGGACGACCCACUUGUGACGGGAUCUUUUCUUGCAUUUGUAUACACACUCAUUUUCAGGAACUUGCUGUGGUAUGCAUUUCCGGUGACUUUGAUGAUUUUGUCUGCCGGCAUGUUACUACUGAAGGGGCUUAAGGAGCAAGGCAGGCUCGGAAGAUUCUUCGGCAAAAUUACGAUAUACGAUCAGCCUCCGUCGAAUACUAUACAGAAAAUUAUGGCUGUGAAAGAAGCGAUACGAGAAGUGGAGAAAAUGUUGCAGAAUAUGAAUGUUGUGCUGCUUAAGAUACGUUCGAUCAUUCUUGCGGGCCACCCUCAGGUAACUACAGAGGUUGCUCUAGUGCUACUAUUGGGAUCAACUACACUUCUACUUGUUCCAUUCAAAUACAUUCUUGCCUUUAUAAUAUUCGAUCUCUUCACGAGAGAGCUCGAGUUCCGAAGGCAAAUGGUUGAAGCAUUCACGACUUUGCUCAAGGAGCGAUGGGACGCUGUGCCUGCAGCGCCAGUUGUCGUGCUGCCAUUGGUGGAGGAGGAAUCGAAGGCUUUGCAGAAGAAACGAGUCGAUAAGGUAAAACCUGAAAGAACGACUCAGAACACUAGUUAAUAAUUAACCAUGGUUGGUUGGCUUGUAUAAUUAAUCGGAUUGGAUCUUACGUAUAUCAUAUGAUGAAGUCCUAAAAAGAUUUCAUCAGUUGUCCGAAGUGUGGCCAUUAUAUUUUUCGAGGUUUGUAUGUAUAUAUAUGUUGUAGAAAACAAUUCAUUGUGUUUCGAGGGUGCAAAGUGGUAUAA